AUGUACAGAAUAGAUGUUUCAGAUUUUUAUGACUUCCAAGCAUUCAGAAAUAUGUGUCCAUUUAGAGACUAUAACAAAGCAGUCGAGAAUUUGAAACGUUUAGUCAUUUAUGUUGACUCUGCCCCAGAAUGUUAUGUCAUGAAAGAAUGGGAUAUUGUCUUUAACAAACCAAGAGCAACAAUAGUGUCUGAACAAGAAUGUAGACAGAAACUUAAGAAAAUAAAAGUUGUACAAGUUAGAAUGAAGAUGUUAGAUGCUUGGGAUAUCUUAUUGUCAAAGUUAGAAGAUUUUUCAGUUCGAGGUAUAAAGUUCUAUACACCUUCUUCAAACUUCUAUUCUAUCUUCACUGGAUAUAAAUAUGAACAAGUAGAAUGGAAAGAAAAUAUUAUAGAAGCUUGGUUAGACCAUGUCAAAGAAAUUAUAUGCAAUGGAAACGAAAGAGUCUAUGAGUAUAUCUUAUGUUGGUUUGCAAACAUCUUACAACAUCCAAGUGCUAAAAAUGAAACUGCUCUCAUUAUAAUUGGAAAACAAGGAACUGGUAAGAAUACUUUCUUUACAGAUAUCUUAUGCAAACUGUUAGAAGGUUAUUCGAAUCCGAAUAUGACAAACUUAGAAAACAUCUGUGGCAAGUUUAACUCUUCAAUUGAGAAUAUGAAACUUAUAGUUUGCAAUGAACUUCAAAGUAUAGAUACAACAAAAGUUUUAAACUCAGAUGCUUUGAAGAGUCUUAUAACAGAUAAAGUUGGAGUU